AUGUCACCAUUACUCGAAACACCUUCUACCAACCCUCACGCUACUCUCAUCACUUUGUUCAUGAACGUUGUGGAUGAGAACUUGACUCAAGAUGAACAAGUAGCCGAUGCAGCUGUGGAAAGCCCAUCUUCCAAGUGUCUUCUCCAAUUCCUCCCGCUGACACGUCCGCGAGUUGGUAAAUAUGAUCCCGAUGUUGUCAAGCUCGUACAUGCCCGCGACCAUGUUAGGGACUUUGAUUAUAUUUUUGACAGGAUUUCAUACACGUUUAUGUUCUCUGAAUUCCCUCGUUAUAUCGGGGUAGCGAUGAAGGAAAAGCAAACCAUUGUCGAGAAAUGGCCUUACCGCCUCAAACUCGAACCUGAGCAGAAAGGCUCAAAGGAGGCGUUUGACCUUUUAAUGAGAGGCGGUACAAGUGGAAAGGAGCUUUACCUCGAAUGGAGGCGGAGUUCAGACUAG